AUGGCGGAUAAUCUCCCUUCGGAGUUUGAUGUGAUCGAGGGAGUUGGCAAAGGAAGUGAGGUAGUGUGGAGUCAGCACGGGACUUGGCAGCUCCAGGGAGGGGCUUGGAACCUCGGUGUUUUGCACCAUUUGAGUAGGGGUCGAUCUGGUCGAUGCCGAUUGCUGAGGUUGGUUGCUGCGGUGAUUCCUGUUAAUUUACUAGAGGAGGGUUUGCCUGAAUCCAUCAUUGCGGCUGCAUGUUCAAGGAGUGGCCAGAGGGUUCUGCAUGUUGAUUCACGAAGCUACUAUGGAGGAAAUUGGGCCAGUUUCAGCUUUUCAGGACUGUUGUCCUGGCUAAAGGAAUACCAGGAAAACAGUGAUGUUGUGACUGAAAAUUCAUCAUGGCAAGAACAAGUAUUUGAAAAUGAGGAGGCUAUUCUUCUUAGUAGCAGGGACAAAACAAUUCAACAUGUAGAAGUAUUUUGUUAUGCCAGUCAGGAUUUGCACAAAGAUGUUGAAGAAGCUGGUGCACUGCAGAAAAAUCAUGCUUCUGUAAUACACACGAACUCCAUAGAGGCUACAGAGGCUGCUUGCCUGCCUGUCGCAGAUGAGUCAAUAAACACCCAGAGCUGUGAAACACCAGCAGAACAAACUCAGAUUAGUGAUCCAGAGAGUUCACUAGAAGUAAAUGAGGCUGAAGCAGCAGGAGAAAAAGAGAAUUAUAGCGAUGAUAAACCUUCAGAAGAAGAGCCAAGUGAAAAUGUGCCUAAAGUACAAGACAACACAGAGCAACCAAAGAAAAAUAUAAUUACUUACUCACAGAUUAUUAAAGAAGGAAGAAGAUUUAAUAUUGAUUUAGUAUCAAAACUUCUUUAUUCUCGGGGAUUACUAAUUGAUCUUCUAAUCAAAUCAAACGUUAGUCGAUAUGCAGAGUUUAAAAAUGUUACAAGGAUUCUUGCAUUUCGUGAAGGAAUUGUGGAACAGGUUCCCUGUUCGAGAGCAGAUGUCUUUAAUAGCAAACAACUUACUAUGGUAGAAAAGCGAAUGCUUAUGAAAUUUCUAACAUUUUGUAUGGAAUAUGAAGAUUAUCCUGAUGAAUACAAAGCAUAUGAGGAAACUACAUUUUCUGAAUAUUUAAAAACUCGAAAACUAACCCCCAACCUACAAUAUUUUGUCCUGCAUUCAAUUGCAAUGACAUCAGAGACUACAAGCAGUACUGUAGAUGGUCUCAAAGCUACCAAAAACUUUCUUCACUGUCUUGGGCGGUAUGGCAACACUCCAUUUCUGUUUCCUUUAUAUGGCCAAGGAGAACUGCCACAGUGUUUUUGCAGGUGA